GCCAUGUUGACGUCUGUUUGUGUUCUCCGGCUGACGCUCGGCGUCCUCCUGCUGCAGCUGAUCGCCGCGCACCAAGUGUUUCUGGACGACGACUCGGCGCAGCAGCUCCUGAGCCGCCGGAGACGAGCCAACAGCUUCCUGGAGGAAAUGAAGCAGGGCAACAUGGAGCGGGAGUGCAUGGAGGAGCGCUGCAACUGGGAGGAGGCGAGGGAGAUCUUCGAGAACGAAGACAAAACGAAUGAAUUCUGGGCCAAAUACGUUGAUGGCGACGCCUGCCUGUCGGUGCCCUGCGCUCACAACGGAGUGUGUAAAGACGGGAUCGGCAGCUACACGUGCUACUGCAAAGACGGGUACCAGGGCUUCAACUGUGAGAUCGUUAUCCCCGAGCUGUGUGAGAAUAAAAAUGGCGGCUGUGAGCACUUCUGUAACUUGGCCUCGGGAAACGUUCAGUGCUCCUGCGCCAACGGAUACUUCCUGGGACCGGACGAUAAAUCCUGCGACUCCAACGACGUCUUUAAAUGCGGCGCCGUCGUGACGGAAAACGUCCGGACAGUUUUCCGGUACGACCGCCAGAACACGACGACGCAGGGCAACGGGUCGAGUCCGUUGGACCUCAGCUUGAACUCUUCAGUGUUGAACGAGACCACGGUGAUGGAGAACGUCAACAUCAGCGACUUAAUGAAAAACAUCAGCAUCAGCGACUUAAUGCUUGAAAAACAUCAGCGAUGGCGACUUCCUGCCGGAGAACAGCGACUUCCUGUUGGAGAACAGCGACUUCCCCUGUUGGAGGGCGCCGUGUUCGAGGAGACGCUUUACUCUCAGAUGGCGAGUAUGACGCGCAUCGUGAACGGAGAGGACUGUCCCUCGGGGGAGUGUCCGUGGCAGGCUCUCCUCCUGAACGAGGACGACCGGGGUUUCUGUGGAGGAACGAUCCUUAACGAGUACAUCAUCCUGACGGCCGCCCACUGCAUGAAUGCCUCGCGCUACAUCUACGUGAGACUCGGGGAGUUUGACGUGUUGGUGGAUCACGGUAACGAGGCGAGGCACGAGGUGGAGACGAUCAUCACGCACCACAGAUACAAGCCGGACACCUCACAACCACGACAUCGCGGCUAAUUGAAGCUAGCAACGCCCAUCAAGUUCUCCCGCUUCAUCCUGCCUGCCUGCAUCCCUGAGCAGGAAUUCGCUGAAAAGGUGUUGAUGCGGCAGCCGGACGGCAUGGUGAGUGGUUUCGGGCGCACGGGCGAGGGCCGGCAGCCAUCCACCAUCCUGCAGCGUCUCUCCAUGCCUUACGUGGACCGGCUCACCUGCAAGGAGUCCACGCAGCUGCGCAUCAGCACCAACAUGUUCUGCGCCGGCUACGACACGAUAGCCAAGGACUCGUGCCAAGGCGACAGCGGCGGACCGCACGUCACACGCUACGGAAACACAUACUUCAUCACCGGCAUCGUGAGCUGGGGCGAGGGCUGCGCGCGGAAAGGGAAAUACGGCGUUUACACUCAGGUGUCCAAGUACAUCCGCUGGAUCAACAGUGGCAUGGAGCAGCUGAUGCCCAAAGAGAAGAGCGGCAGGCGGAGGAAGAGGCACCGCGGCCCGGCCCGGAGGCUGCUUCUGUAAACACCACGCCAUACACCGCUAACCAUGUAAUCAGGGAUUUAUCUGUCUACCGUUCAUAAUCUUUACGUUUUUAAAUUGUAUUUGCGUGCGGUUCAUUUAGGCAACAAUUUCUGUGUUUCCAUUUUCUUCCACAUUUUUAAAAUGCCAUAUUCUGAACAAUAAGAAAGACUUGUGUUAACACAUUUUCUGAUGUACACACAAUCCUGUUUUGUCUUUGGUCCUUUUUAAUUUGUAUAUGUGAAAAAGCACCAGAAUAAAUAUAAAACAAACCGAAAGUACCCUUUCACUUGGAAAAAGACGGUAUACUGUUCGUAAAAGAACCCUUAAAUACUUUAAAAUGCAAUUAUAAAUGAAUUGGUCAGAAUUCAUUAGUAUUAAUUGCCUUGAAUAUAAUAUCAGUUUCUAAAAAGGUUUACGCUAGCAUAGCUAGCAAAACAAGCUAAUCCCUGUUAUAAUGUUGAUAAUUACUUUAGGGGUUCCUCAGGGCUCGAGUCUCGGUCCUUUAUAUUUUAUAUAUAGUUAUUUUAAUCGAAUUUUUCAUUUAUAGGGCGGCAUCUGACAUAUUUCCAUUUUACAAAGAAGCUUUUUGAUCAGUAUUGUUAAAAGACAAGUGCAAUUUUGAUCAAUUUAACAAUUAAAAUGUAUUACAUUUGUGUAAGAAACUGUGUGUUCGUGUGUUCUGUCUAAAAUGUGCCUUUUCAGCUUAAAGAGAAGGUAAAUAAAUAAAUAAAAACAACAACAGUGGAA